CAAUUCUCUCCUUUGCAGCCGUCCAGCACGAACGCGGUCCAAGAAAACCGAAACUGCAGCAGAUGCCGGGCGGUACCAGUUCUUCGCAUCAUCAAUCCGGUUCCAGCAUGGGCAGCCAUCCGCUUCAGUUACCUUUGCCUGAAGGUUCCGCCAGUAAAAUCACCCCAACUUCCGGAACUUUUCAAUUUACCCAUAGCAGUCUCUUUGUUCCUCCGCAUCAUCCUCUGAAGGUGCUCACAUUUCCUCCACCAUCUUCAGUCGGAAGUCCACCGGGUCAUUUGGAGAAUGGCAGUUCGAUACCGCCGCAUUUGUUUCAUCAUCCGCAUUUACCACCACCACCACCUGGACUUCUGCAUGUCUUGAUGUCAGCAGAAAAAUGCCAGGAGUUGGUUUGGGGAACAAAACUUUCCCAAUUAGAAUCAUCCGCAUCUGAAUCCAGCAGCGGCCUAAGUAUGUCCAGUCCAGGAUUACCAUUGCCACAAAUGAGCCCCACUUUGCCUCCGCCGCUGCCUCUGAUGCCUACUUGGGAGAUGCUUCAGGAAACAACAGCCCGUCUACUUUUUAUGGCAGUACGUUGGGUUCGAUGUCUAGCGCCGUUCCAGACGCUGAGCAAAAACGAUCAACUUCUACUGCUCCAAGAGUCCUGGAAAGAGCUGUUUUUGCUCCAUUUGGCUCAAUGGUCGGUACCUUGGGAUCUCUCAGCUGUAUUGGGCUGUCCACAGGCUAGAGACAGACUGCCCAAUGAUGUGCACACAGCCACUGAAAUAAAAACCAUCCAAGAAAUUAUGUGUCGCUUUCGACAAAUAUCGCCAGACGGAAGUGAAUGCGGCUGUAUGAAAGCAAUAAUUUUAUUCACACCUGAAACUGCUGGAUUAUGCGAUGUUCAACCAGUUGAAAUGCUUCAAGACCAGGCUCAAUGCAUUUUAGGAGACUAUGUGAGAAUGCGAUAUCCCAGACAACCGACAAGAUUUGGAAGGCUUCUGCUGUUAGUUCCUAGUCUAAGGGCAAUCAGAUCCAUGACUGUGGAAUUGUUGUUUUUUAAAGAAACUAUCGGAGAAAUCCCGAUAACACAAUUGCUAGGUGAUAUGUAUUACAUGGAGAAAUGCGCCACUUCAAGCCAAUAGAGUGAACAAUUACUCUCUCAAUAAUUACAUUCACUUAAUGUAAAUUGUCUUUCUCUUCCAACUACUUAGCUGGACAUAAAACGCAAAUUCAAGCCUAAACGUAAUUUUCAUUAUUAAAAGCAGUUUUGUAGUUUGUGGAUAUUUAGAUUCAUUGUUCAGUAUUGAUUGGAAUUUGAUGUUGCCAAACAAAAAAAGCUAGUCUUGUUCUGUGAUAUUGUUAUUUACACUUACAUAUAGAACUUUGUAAAUGACUGAUUUGAAUUUUUUAUAUGUGGAUAGAUACCGAGUAACUAGUAAAUAUUAGAAUAGUUCA